CCUCCCUCCCCUCCCCUCUAAUCAGACUCCUUUUAAGUGAAGCUCACUCAGUCUCUGAGGACCAGAUCUCACCGAUGACUGGGAAGCAAAGAGUACCCAGGAAAGCACUUCCACCAAGGACUCCACCUCAGGAGCACCAGGAACUCAUCUUCUAAAUAAAAUUGGUGCCCCUUCCCUGCAGACCUGAUGUCUGCUGCAAUGGAUACAGAGUCAACAUAUUCGGGAUACUCCCACUACUCAGGUCACUCCAAAAAAGCUCACAGACAAGGAGAGAGGAGCCGGGACAGACACAAAUCUCCCCGAAGCAAAGAUGGCAGUCGGUCUGAGAAGUCUGUCACUAUCCAGACACCUCCUGCAGAGCCGCUGCUUGGGAAUGACGCCUCUCGGGCAGAGGAAGGCCAGGAUGACAACUGGGGUGAAACCACGACGGCAAUCACAGGCACCUCUGAGCACAGUAUUUCCCAGGAGGACAUUGCCCGGAUCAGUAAGGAUCUGGAAGACAGCGUUGGGUUGGACUGCAAACGUUACCUGGGUUUAACAGUGGCAGCUGUUCUCGGACUCCUAGUCUUCCUUACCCCCAUUGCCUUCAUUCUGUUACCCCAGAUCCUGUGGCGAGAUGAUCUGGAGCCUUGUGGUACUGUCUGUGAGGGACUGUUCAUUUCUGUGGCGUUUAAACUCCUCAUUCUCCUGAUUGGGACCUGGGCUCUUUUCUUCCGCCAACCCAAGGCAGACCUACCAAGGGUGUUUGUGUUUCGGGCCCUUCUGCUGGUCCUCAUAUUCCUCUUUGUGUUUUCCUACUGGCUCUUUUACGGCGUUCGCAUCUUGGACUCGAAGGACACCAACUACCAAGGGAUAGUGCAGUACGCUGUGUCUCUGGUGGAUGCCCUGCUCUUCAUCCACUACCUGGCCAUUGUGCUGCUGGAGCUGCGGCAGCUGCAGCCCAUGUUCACCGUCAAGGUGGUUCGCUCCACAGACGGAGAGUCACGAUACUACAGCUUGGGACACCUGAGCAUCCAACGAGCUGCACUGGUAGUUCUGGAAAAUUACUACCGAGAUUUCACAGUCUACAACCCAGCCUUGUUAACAGCCUCCAAAUCCCGGGCAGCCAAGCACAUGGCUGGCCUGAAAGUCUACAAUCUUGAUGGCCCAGGUAACAACGCGUCGGGGCAGUCUCGGGCCAUGAUCGCGGCUGCUGCCCGGCGCAGGGACUCCAGCCAUAAUGAGCUCUACUACGAGGAGGCUGACCACGAACGCCGUGUGAAGAAACGCCGGGCAAGGCUCAUGGUUGCGGUAGAAGAGGCUUUCACUCACAUCAAACGCCUCCAGGCAGAGGAACAGCAGAAAGCUCCAGGAGAGAUGAUGGACCCCCGAGAAGCAGCCCAGGCCAUCUUUCCCUCCAUGGCACGAGCUCUGCAGAAGUACCUUCGCACGACCCGCCAGCAGCAGUACCACAGCAUGGAGAGCAUCUUGCAACACUUGUCCUUCUGCAUCACCAACAACAUGACACCAAAGGCAUUCCUGGAGCGUUACCUCAACCCGGGCCCAACCCUCCAGUAUGACAGGGAUCGCUGGUUCUCCAAGCAGUGGACGCUGGUCAGCGAGGAAGCGGUCACAAGUGGGUUACAAGACGGCGUUGUGUUUGUCCUCAAGUGCUUGGACUUCAGCCUUGUUGUUAAUGUGAAAAAAAUCCCCUUCAUCAAACUCUCAGAAGAGUUCAUAGACCCUAAAUCUCAUAAAUUUGUCCUCCGCUUACAGUCUGAGACUUCAGUCUAAGGGAUUUUGAGGGUGGGUUGUUGGGAGAUUCUUUUUUUUUUUUUCAAUAUUGUGCUUUUGGGUUUAAUUUCCCCAAUGCUGACUGAAACUGGCAGAUGAUGGACCAGUAAUAUUUGACCAUCUGCACUUUAUUUGGAAACGGGAGGGGGGAGUAGGGAUAUCUUAUCUAGAAAGAAGAAUCUUAAGAGGCACCAGGGUGACUUGGCUCAGUUAGCUCAGCCUUGGAGACAGAACAGAUUUUUUUUUUUGUCCCACUUGCCAGGUAUCCUGUAAAUCUCAUGCUCUCUUUCUCCGCAUGGUUGCGGUGUCAGAGCUGUUGUUGGAGCACCUGCCUUAGACCACACAUGCCUGUACCCUUGUGUCUCUGCUUUUGCCACCUGUGGCUGCUCCUGAGGGCUCAUUGCUCACCUGUCCCUCACAGGAACCUUCUGGCACAGGGUGCCACAGUCCCUGCUCAUUUGGGGAGGAGGGGAUAACAAACGGUGAGGGUGUGAGGGGACUCUUCAUUAUUGCUUCUUCUCCUCCUCCUCCUCUCCAUGUGCCUCUUGUGUCAGUGCCGGACCUAUGGGCAUAAUGGGAUGGUUUCACCCUCUCUGAAAUUGCUUGUCUUGAACUGGAUCAGCCCAUUUGCAGCUCUUCAAUUUUUUUUUUCCUUUAUCAGUGCUUGUUAGUGAUGUUGUUCUUCAUAUCACAGCUCCCUGUUAUCUCUCCCCUGCUUCCCUCUGUCCUGCUUGUCAGCAUCUUUCUCAGGCACACCCAAGGCUUCCUGUUUCUGUGUCCUCUCUUUGGCUUUCUGAAUGUGUUUCUCCAGGCACUGCUGCUUCCUUAUGCACCUGCAAGGGCUGUGUAUUUGCACUGGGACAGGGUCAGUAAGUAUCUGGCUCCUCCUCAGAUAAAUCACAGACCCUCCCUACGUCUGACAGCCUCAUUGAGGAGAAGAGGGUGCAGGCCGGAAUGUGCCCCUCCCUCUCUAGCCAGCUUCAAGUGCAUCUGGAGAAAAGACGGGCAAAAACACUUCCCUCCUUCAGGAGAGGAACCAGGGGAAAGGCUGACCUCUGUCCCACUCACUUGCUUUGGAGAUCUGUUGUGCUCUGGAAACACUUCAGUGAGUCCUUCCCCACUGUACGCCUUCCGCUGUAGCUAAGAAAUAUCAGUGCCUGAAUGUUGAAAAUCUGCCAGCCUUUUUUGGCCUUGCUGUACUGUGAGAGUUUCUGCUCAGCAGUGGGAUCUGCUUCUGAGAGGUGCAGUUUUGUUUGUGAGGCUGCCUUUGCCCACCAGUGCAGCUUUCACGUGUGAAUUUAGUCACCUGAGUUUGGACGCUUUCUUUUUAACGGUGAGCCUAAAUUGGUAUCUGAAGUCUAAUUGCCAGUACAGAGCACAGAGUGACUGGAGCCAGCUGCAAGGCUGGCAUCGACCUGAAGGUCCCUUGAGAUCCAUGUGAAUGUAAAUGAUCAAUUCAUUCUUCUCAGUCUUUUGCCAUGCAAGUAUUCCUUAUGGGGCAGGAUUUGGCCUGCCCUCCAUACAGGUGUCUUAACGAAGAAAGCCCUAGUUCCAGCAGUGUGUAAGUCAGUGCCUUUCACUGCCAGCCUGCACAGUCUUCUGAGGAGGGCUGUGACAACCCCUCCUGUCCAUUUUGGCCUUUCCCAGCCCUUCCCAUGGCAGGCAUGGGCUGGCUGGUGCCUACCACAAGCUGGUGGGAAGGAGCAGCUACCUUAAACAGAGAUGUUGGGGACAGGGCAGGAGGGUCCAUCCUCUUCCAGCUUCAGCAGCAGUGGAGAUGCAUGUCCAGCAGCACCUGUGGAUAGUCCUCUUGGGAUCAAGGGAGCACCCUGGGGAGUGAGGGCCCAGAGUGAUGAGUCCCCAUCCAAGUGACACCUGCAGUUUCCUGUGCCUUUCUUACAAGCUUGUAGUAGUCUCCUGGUUCCUUUUUAGUCCAUGUAAUGUGCCAGACAUGGUUGUAAAGAAACUGGAUGGCACGGCACAGGAUGGGAUGGGAUUAUGCCCUUUGCUCUUAAAGGAUGGGAAGUAGGUACUGUUUUCCCUUCUCUAAGCUCAGAGUUUGGGUUUUUUGGCAGAUCAGGUAUUCUGGUAGUCUGCAUGGGGGCUCCUUUAUUGACUGUGGCCUUUGCAGUGUCUUACUUUGAAAAAAUAGAUAGGUUUAUUCCUUUAAAAGAAAAAAAAAAGAAGAGAACAUACAGUAUCUUAGACUUGGCUCUCCUGAAGAUACCUGCACCUGGCUUUCAUUAUGUGCAUAACCAGCAGGGCGGGAGAGACUGGGAGUAGCUUGGGAGACUGUGGAGCACUUAAUACCUGUGUGGAGGCUACUGCCUGUGGCUGAGUUGGCUCAUUUCUGUGAAGCCAGAACAAGAACCACCUUGCCAGGGGCUUGGGUGUGCCAUGUAUGUGAGAGUACCUUGUCACAGGCACAUCUGCAAAACUUUUUUACUUUCCCAGGAUUUCCUUCCCCUUUCCUUUUUGCUGCCCCAUGAGGAGGGGUUGUCUGACAGUAUCUGCUCAGGAAAUUAGUGUCUUAAUUUUGUUAAAUCCUUUAACACAUGGAGAAACAGAUGGAAGCAGCAUGUGCUCAGUCCAGGUCUACUUCUUCAUCUUUGUGCUGUGGUUCAACACUGCCUUUUCUGCCUGCUGCUGUCAACAGGGGCCAAGUCCUACACUGAAUGCUCUUCCCUGUAUCAGCAGCAUGAGUGCUUUGACUGAUGAAAUCUGAAGGAGAGGGCUCUCUCAAAUGGUCUCUUUUUAGAGAUGCAGCCUGCUUAGAGGUGAGGACAGACUGAAAGGCGAAACAUAAUUCCUGGAUGUUCCCUGUUCUGGUAUUUUUAGUGACAUUUUUCAGAGUCUCUCUUGCUUCCCUUCUCCAUGCAAAAUCAGGGGACCACUGUCAUACCUACCUCACUGGAGUGUUGUGAGGCUAAACUCAACUUGCUUUCAAGUGCUUUGAGUUCCACAGUUGGAUUUGUGGCAUCUGUAGGAACUCAAACUGUAUAAAAAAUACUGAGUGGUGAGUGCGGACUGGUUUGUUUAAUUCUGUUUAUAGCCAGCUAAUGAGUAAGAAUGGAGUCAUAGGGAAUAAAGCUCUGAUCCAAUUCCUGCAGCCCUUACUUCUGCCGAGCUUGCCAAGAGCUGAGCAUAAACACAACUUGUAGGGCUUGCCAGCCAAGUGCAGGCUGUUCCUCCGAAUGCCUCUCCUAUCCUGCACUGUCUCCUUGCACAUAUUUUAAUUCCUCUCUCCCAGCCUGGAUGUUUGUACCUGGUUGGGAAUUGUGAGGGGUUUAUUAUAAUUCAGGGGUCUUUUUAAGACAACCCUGUUGGUGAUGGAGUGGUCAGUGUCCCCUUUGGAGAUGAUCCUUGCACUGGAUGUCCUUCACUGGAAGCUGAACCAUUUGAUAGGAUGCUGUGCUGCUCAGCCAGGGGUGGUGGUGCCCCACUCCUCUCUUCCAUGUUGGCAUCUUUCCUGUAACUCAAGUAUGCUGCUCAGAUACUUUAAAGGCUUUGGAUUUUUUGCUCUCAGAUUUGUUACAGCCUAAAUCCAAAGCCAUGCU